UCGGGUUAAAUAUUCAAAAUGGCGGACGGAGGAGCAGCGAGUCAAGAUGAGAGUUCAGGACCAGAUUCUAAAGUGAAUAAUCAGUCAGAAACUACUAAAUGUGCAAUGGAAAGUGGUGACGGGAACACUGGAAUCCAAAUCAAUGGAUUGGACUUUCAGAGACAGACGGUUCCAAUCACAAAUGCACAUGCACAAGCCCUUCUCCAACAGUCUAAGUUGGAAGACUCGAGUGCUCUUCCGGCCUCCGUCCAGCAGAGUGUAUUGCCUCAAACACAGCUAAUGUUGGCUGGGGGACAGAUUGCUGGAUUGACCCUGACCCCAGUUCACCAGCAGCUGUGGCAAGCUCAGCUUCUGGCUGCAGCCGUCCAGCAGUCAGCCAGCCAGCAGAACAGCACCACUGGGGCGAGCAUCUCAGCGUCUGCUGCCACACCCAUUUCCCAGCUGUCACAACCCAUCCAGAUCACACAAAUACAGCCGCAGAAUCUGCCUCAGUUUGUUCUGGUUCAGCCUGGCCACCACAUCUCCUCACCCCAUCAGUUCAUCAUCUCACAGCCGCCGACCCAACCAGCCCUUCGAAAUCUACCUCCAAACCAACUUAACCUCCUGCCGACUCAACCUAACAUCAACCUUGCAACUCAGCCUGCAACUCCACCAGCAACCACGUCUAUUCAGUCCCUCCACAAUCAGACACCACCCAAGCGGCUGGAUACCCCCACUCUGGAGGAGCCGAGUGAUCUGGAGGAGCUGGAGCAGUUUGCCAAGACCUUCAAACAGAGACGCAUUAAACUGGGCUUCACACAGGGUGAUGUUGGCCUGGCCAUGGGGAAGCUGUAUGGAAAUGACUUCAGCCAAACCACAAUCUCUCGCUUUGAGGCCUUGAACCUGAGCUUUAAGAACAUGUGCAAACUCAAGCCACUGCUGGAGAAGUGGCUCAAUGAUGCUGUUUGUGCAGAGAACCUGACAUCUGACCAGGCCCUGUCCAGCCCCAGUUCUCUUGGCUCCCCAGGCAUGGGCAUAGAGGGGAUUAACCGCAGACGGAAGAAGAGGACUAGUAUUGAGACCAACAUCCGAGUGGCCUUAGAAAAGAGCUUUCUGGAGCAGAACCAAAAACCUACCUCUGAAGAGAUCACCAUGAUCGCUGACCAGCUCAACAUGGAGAAAGAGGUGAUCCGGGUCUGGUUCUGCAAUCGCCGGCAGAAAGAGAAGAGGAUUAACCCGCCCAGCAGUGGAGGAUGCGGCACCCCCAUCAAAUCCAUCUAUACCCCCAGUAGUCCAUUGGUGCCCAGCACAGCAAGCCUUGUGAGCAGUUCAACACCCACCACUCUGACUGUAAACCCAGUGAUGCCUCUCACCAGCACCAAUGUCUCCACUUUGACUUUCACAGGCACAACAGCUGGAGCUACAAACACUGCAUCCGUCAUCUCCACUUCACCCAUGCUCACCACAGCCAGCUCUCCGUCUUUAAGCCCAUCCUUAAAGACGGAGACUAUUCUGUCCACGAUCGCGGACAACAAGGCGACCAUCUUUUCCCAGGCCCCGACAUCCAUAGCCACCACUUUGGGGAAUGGUCAGGUGAUAAUGGCGUCCCCGGGGCUCACUGCAGCACUUCAGGGGGCUCAGUUACCCAACAGUGCUAGCUUUGCUGCUAUGGCUGCUGCUGCAGGGCUCAACCCCGGACUGAUGGCCUCCUCCCAGUUCCCUCCAGGGGGGGCCCUGCUCAGUUUGACUGCCGGUGGCCUCAGUCCUGCCUUCUUGAGUAACAGCACCCUGGCCACCAUUCAAGCUCUGGCUUCGAAUGGCACAAUCCCCAUCACCUCUCUGGACGGCCAUAACCUGCUGUUCGCCAACACCUCUGGCGGCAACGGGCACAACAUGGUGACUUUCCUGAACCCCCAGAACCUGUCACUGCUCAACAACCCCGUCAGCCUGGUGUCCACUGGGAUGGGGCUGCAGGUCGACGCUCACCAUCAGUCCACGGCCGCUGUGCCUGUGCAAGCCUCAACCAUUCCCGCCGCCUCCAAGGCUCAGUGAAGCCAGUCCGGCUGCACCCCGAGUUAACGCCCUAUUUCUUAUGUCGUGCACUACUCUUAUCACACCAUAUAGGGAAUAGGGAGGUCGUUAUAUGCUCUGUGCUUCACUAACCACGCCACAUUCUUUCCGUUAUAUCUAUCAUUAUUUAAUCUUUUGCUGCCACCAAAAAGAAAAGAAUCUCAAAUGAGGUUGAGGUUAACUCUUUGCUUUUUCUUGCUGUCUUUUCCUUUAUGAUUCUUGGAUGUUUUUUCCCACACACAGUUGCCAGAUGGACACUGUUGUUGGCCUGCCGCUCCUCAUGAACCUUAAAAAGUGUCCAGGAAGAAAAUAUCUUCGGCACCAUCAAGCUGUUCACAUGUCGCGUGUGUGUGUUGUGUGUGUGUAUGUAUAUAUAUAUAUACAUAUAUAUAUCCUCCUCUUUCCAGGUCAGAAUUUUCUCUGAAACCCUUCUAACCAAAAACUUUAGGAUUUUUCUCUUUUAACGUUCAAACUAAACAGAUUUAUUACUAAUAUCACAAUGUUCAUCAUCACUAAUGGGGAUUUGUGUGUCGACACCCCACCUUUAAUUAUUUUGGGUUUUUUGGACAGGCCUUGAUGUAAAUCAUAUCAAAGUUAUAUUUUAGAGACUUUCUUUUUUUUUUCUUUAGUGUCUGUUUUUUUUUUGCCAUUUUCAGAACUUUGUAAAACUAAUAUUAAGUUAAGAUUUAACUAUCACUUUUUAAUCGUGGUUAUAAGGCUUUAAUAACAAGUAAUAAGUGGCCGAUAUAAAGGUUAUAAUUGCUUUAAGGGUGGGAGGGACCAGGUGUGUCUCUCUUAGUCUCUCUUUGUGGAAACACUGAGGUUUGCAUCACGCUGAAGUGGCGAAGUAGCCGCUAAGCUUGUGUAAAACGGCGGUCUAGGUGCGGAUCAUUGACACUGACAGGAAAUGACUGAAGACAUGAUGUUUGAGAGCUUUAAAAAAAAAGAAAGAGCUGCAGACAUGCAAUGGUGUUUCUGAAGGGUGAUUUCGUAUUGGUUGUUGAUCCAGUGGAAAACUGUACAUUGUGUUUGGAUUCAGAGGUAGAAAGUAGACGUCUGCAUGUGUUCUCUUCAGCUCAGGCAGAUGCUGAGAGUUCAGUUACAGCUUUAACGCUCUACGACUAACUGGUCUUUUUUGUGGAGGACUAGUCGCGGGACCUGUUCAUCAUACUAAACGUGUGAUGCUUGGUCAGGCGAGGUUAUUGUAUUGUGGUUGUUUUUUUGUUUUUGUUUUUUUUUUUAAUAAUAGUACCGUUAUAUCUACUUGUGCACAGUAUCUGUACCAAAAACUGGAUGAUGAGCUGCAGUCUGCCUUUUUUGGGAGGAAUGGAAUUCUGUCUUUCUUUUCUUUCUUUUUUUUUGUCUGCAGUCACUUGGCUGGCUAACGUACUUUAAGAUAUACCAAAAAUAUUUGUUAAAAUAAUUGCUGUGUGUAGUCAGUUUCGCUUAGUCUAGUCAAUAUAUUUAUGAGAACAGAAUCUCUCUUCAUUGUCAACAGAUCUUAGAAAUGCAAUAUUUUGAUGAUCAUUUUCCAAAGAUUACCUUUUUUUAAUUUUUUUUUAUUUUAUUUGACCAAGUGUCUCAUAGCUCAAAGUUUAAUUGGCAGCACAACUGACCAAAAAGAGGGGGACUGGUUUGGGGGCAUUUGAAAGUAUUUCCCUUUUUACUCUUUGAAUUGUUUUUUCUUUCAGCGGGUUCUGGCCCCUGACGCGUGACUCUGGUUUCCUUUGAGCCAUGAACGGCUUGUUUUCCUUCUUUAAUCAGUUUUUGGCCGUUUCGGUAGCAGUUUUGGACUUUUCUGAAGCAGAAAUGAAAGGUUCUGUUUGGUUUUGUACUAAUAUCCAGCCAUAAUACAACAGCUUGAACCAAAGUGGUUUUUCUCAGUAGUUGAUGUGCCUGGGCGAGCACACAAGUUGCUGUUCAUCUCUACUUCUUCACGCCGCUGAAAGCAAAAUAUUUCCCUCGUCGCUCACCUCGAUCAACACCUGAUAAUUCCUGAUUUGGUGCUGCUGAACAAGGAUCAUAGAAACCUAGCUUUAACAACUUGCUGCUGAAGCUCCCGGUGGACUUGUGCUGUUGAAAGGUGUGCAUGCUUUCCUAUAGCUUUAUGACUGCUUCCUGUGCUAGGCAGGUUUUGUGGUUUGGACGCUCUAAUCUUAGAGGGCUCACUUUUGUAAAUGCAUAGAUCUGUUCAUCAGAUGGUACUACACCUCCUCUCAGCACCGCCAUUUUGAACCAGCAUGUUCUGAAACAAUAUGCUGCUCCCUUAGUCUGUCUGUGGGCUAUGAUAGUACCGGACACAGAACCAGGCAAAAUACUCCCAUUUGCUACACAUUUGACAAAAUCCCAAACAAAAGUAGCAUUGUUCUGCUUCUUCCAAAUAAAGACAGUGAUUAAUAUCAGAUCACUGAGACUGUAAGCAGCAAACAUUUGUUCUUGUUAUCCUCCUCCUGUGUACGUCUUUUCUGUUGUCGAUUUACUUUGACUGAAUAUACCUCAGCAGCACUUAAACACAAGGUUCACCCUUUGACAUUUCUGUGUAUAGACCAGUGUAGAAUGUAUAAGUACUGUCUGGCGUACCAUUCAGAGUUUAUACUGAUAAACCACACAUAGGAACCAUACAUAAAACAGACAACCUACUACUGCUAUUUUCUAGUACUACUAUUUAUGGGGUAUUUCCAGGUUUGAUUAUUAUUUUGAGAUCCUUCUUGCCAAAGUAAAAGCCUUUCUCUUCGCAGCUCGGCGCGUGUCUGGCUGCUCACAGUUUCCUCGUCUUUGAGGCCACGACAGGCCGAAAGGACUCAGUCCUGCUCCAGUGCUGUUCGUAGCUACUAAGAGUUGAACAUGUGCUCGCAAGAUGAACCAGUUGCCAUUGGUAUCAUAGGAUGUUACUGAAAUAUUUAUCUGAGGAAAGACUGAAGAAUUAGAGAAACAAACCUUUCUUAAUUCUAUACAUAUAAAUAUAUAUAUAAACACUUGUAAGAUAUUCAUAUUUUAUAUUUGAACUAGUAUGUUAUCAAGACUGAAUGUAGUGUUUACCAUGCUUACUAAAAAAAAAAAAACUCCCCUAAAUCUACCUUUUUUAUUAGUGCGAAAAAAAGGUAAUUCUUCUUUUUUCCAAAACCGUCGAGACCAAAAAUGUAAGAGAAGAAAUCUGAGGCCCUGGCGAAGUAUGAGCCGCUGACACCGGUGUCUGUCGUGUAUCCACCAGUUCUUCACAGCGGGGGGGGGGGGGGGGGGGGUCUGGUUCAGAUGCUCCUGGCAGAAAGGUCCUGUGGUUUGGUAGGAGAUUCUGAGGCAUCCGAUCUAAAACUUUUUUAGAGGUUCUUUUGUUUUUUUGGUUGAGUCAUUGUAAACUUGAUUUGCUGUGCUGUCUUUAACAAUCAUUUGACUUUUUUUUUUAUAUAUUACUUUAUGCCUUUAAUUGUGUUGAAUAGUGUGAGAGGGCAAGAUCACUGGCUUUCUUAGUUUGACAAAGAUUAACAUUAUCAUUUAUGCCUUAUUGUUACGUAGAAGACAAGAGCAUUGUAGCUUUGUUGUGCUGCGUGUGUGUGCGUGUGUGUGUGUGAGAGAGCUCACCUGGUGCAUUGUUUUCACUGAAACAAUACAGUGUACUUUGGGCAUUCUUGGCACUUGGAAUGAUUACGUUGCUACCUAUGAUUUUUAGGUGUGACUCAGACAGGUUGAUGAUACCUGUGACAAAAGCUUUACUAAUAAUUCCAGCAGGUGGGUGUGCGUUUUUGUGUGUGCGUGUGUGUGAGAGAGACAGCAUGUCUUACAAAGAGAGAAAAGAUAGGGCAGUCUGUAAACCAUUAUAGUGCAUUUUUCCCAUCUUCCGGCUGGUGUUUGAGUGGCUUUAAAUAGAGGUGAGACACGGAAAUACUUCUUUUUGUUGUUUGUCCAGGGGAGGGUUGGGGGUUCCUCUACUGCUCAACUCGAGCCUUUAAGCAAGCCAGUUGUUGGUUUCUUAUGGUUAGCUACAGUUUGGGUUCUACUUGUGUUCUUCUUUGCUAAGAGCUGAUGAUCUUCUUGCCACUGAUUCUGCUUUGACACUUCGGGUUUCAGGCGGUAGUUCUGAGAUUUUUCAUAAUGCUUUCGUGAAUCGGGCCACACAUCAAGUUGCCGUACGUUGAUUCACCACACUGGUUUGCGGGUCUUUACGUGUUGACUUGGGCAGCGUGGAGCACCGUUAAGGCAAAAGGAGCUGUUGUAUACCUCAUUUCUAACUCGAGACUGAGUAAAACCUGCUUUAAUCUACUUAACAAAUAAGAUAAAUAUUUUAUAAAAUCUCACCAAAAAAAUGAUGAAAAUACACAAACUUGUGUCAGUGGAGAAACGCGGUCAUACCUGUACUUGGGGAAGCGUUGAGGAAGAUGUCGCCACAAGGGGGAGACAGAAUAUGUACCAGUACUCAUGAAUGUCUGCUGUUUUUCUUUCUUUAUGUUGCACACUGAUAUAUUUCAACAUUGGGUGAAAUUAUAUGUUUUUGUCAGGUUAAUGUUGCUCUCUGUUAUAGAAAUUAACCACUUGAUUGCCAUGGUGUAGGUAGAAGUGCAUUUUAAUACCCCUCUGUCUUUUUUUGAGUUUGACAAUCUUUUGAGUUUUAUUUAAUUCCCCCCCACUUUGACCUGGUACAGGUAUGUUCACGUCUUCCCAAGUGACGGUGUGCUGUCGCAGCCCGCUCUCGCUUCCCUGUGGUACCAACAUUAACCAAAGACUUUAACUUGAUUGUAAAUGAACGACAGCCUCUCCCGCCUAUCCCCGCCUCACUGCUCAGAAUAAAAUCCUUGCUGCACGACCUUGAUUAACCUUUAAAAAAAAUUAUAAUAUAAAAAAAAAAAUGUUUUUGCUUUUUAUUGCAUGCGAAUGUGUAUCUGCCCGGAAUAAAGAACCCCUCCGGCCUCUCGCCAGUGCAGCGGUUUCAGUGCCUGUGGGCGGGGAUCGGCGGGGGUUUGAACGGGAGCUGAGCGGGCUUCUCUCUGACAGACACAAACCAAUCUUGUGGUAGCUGGGUGGUGUUUGUUAAUACACACUGAGGGUUCAUCCUGCGCACACUGUACAUGCUCAGGACUCUGUAUGUUUAUCUGUCUUGAGCCCUGUUGCUAGGAUGCUCCCCACCUCCACUCUAUCCCUCCCUCCCUCCCUCUAUCUCAAGGACUGUGGUGAAAAUGCUGUUCCUGCCUCUCGCAGUGUGUCCGUCUCCUCCUCCUCACCUGUACACUGUAGUCCCAGGACAUUUAACCUGUUGUCUCCAGGAAUACACAUCCUGCGGUCGCUAAAACUCACUGCUGUGUCCCCUCCUCCUCUUGCUCCCUUUCCCACUCCCACUCCGCUCUCUCCUUUGACAUUGUCUCUUCACUACAGACUCUGUUCAGCUGUGACACUAUGCAUCAUGGUCCUUCACUCUGCAUGGACUUUGUCCCCCUGGCUUAGACCUCGGGCCAACGGGCUUCAGUGACCCUUUGUUCAAUGCUUUACUCUAACGUGCGGCCGUAGGACCUCACGAGCGUUAUCCCAAAGCAAAAAAUCCAAAUAUUUAACUUUUGACAAAUGCAGAUACCAAAGAUAUCUCUCUGUCCUGUGUGUCUCUCUCUCUCUCUCUGUUUUCUGUCCCUUCCACCCUGCAGCAUGUGUAUUAAGAGACAAACCCAGCACUGGCUUUAGUCCUAGCCUCAGUAAUUCCAAAGCUUAGAUGUAUAUUUUGGUAUAUUUCUGAGAAAAACUUGCGUGAAAAGCGUCUGUUUCUCGUUUGUUUGUUGUAAUCUCUCUUUUCUGUCACAGCAUGGAACUAAUUGCAAAACUGUCUUACUCUUGGUAGGUAAAAGAUAUAGUAUUUUUGUAUGUUUUUGGGUGUGUCAUGUGUGUGAUUAUCAGUUCACAGCCCAAGUGACCAUGGCUUUCAACAAAAAGAGAAAACUAAGGAAAAAAAAACGCCAACCAUGUACAUAACAAGUCUGUAUCUCAAGAAAUGCAUUCUGUAAAACAUUAACAACUCAUUUUGGAAACUUGGGUUCAUCUUAAGGAAUGUGUCCCUGUUUCCUCCCUUUUUUCUUACUCCGCAGUCCAAUAAGAAUUGACUUUCCAGGACUCUAAUGUAAAGUCUUGGUUUUCAUCCUGGACUACAACACUGAGGGACACUGCUCCGAUCUUACUACAACAUAUAAAAAGACAAAAAAUAAUAAUAAUAAAAAAAAAAAGGCCCCCAGUCAUGGUGGCAUAGAACUGAAAGAUUGUGUAGGAGUUUUAAUUAUGUGAAACAGGAUACAUUGUAGUUUUUGAUGCAUUUGUCUGCUGUAUUUUUGUUUGUUUUGUUUUAUACACCUAUAAAGAUAAUCUUUUACUGUAACUGUACAGUUCUCUUUUGUUGUAAACAUCAUUAAACCAUUUUCCAAGUGA